GCUACAUUCACUUCCCACUCUCUUUGUUUGAAUCACAAAAUCCAAACCCUAGGGGAGGAGUGCUCUCAAAUUCUCGAGUACCGAUUCGUGGCUGCCGCAAAAGCGAUGUCAUAUUGCGUUUCGCAGUUCGUAUCGAUCGGAGUAUCUGAUCUGAAUCGCCACAAGAGCUUGAGAUCGUUUGGUUGUUCCGGAAGGAACUUUAUGGUGUUUGCAGUUUCACAGACUGUAAAUGAUGCCUCGAACUAUAUGCCGGCAGCUCCAAUAUUUCUGCCUGAAGGGCCGUGGAAGCAGAUUCCUGGUGGAGUGACAGCUGCGAAGGGAUUCAAAGCUGCGGGAAUGUAUGCUGGGUUGCGUGCCAAAGGAGAAAAGCCUGAUCUUGCACUUGUUACUUGUGAUGUAGAUGCAGUAGCUGCAGGGGCUUUCACGACAAAUAUAGUCGCAGCAGCUCCAGUAAUAUACUGCAAAAAAGCAUUAGAGACUUCACCAGUGGCACGUGCAGUCUUAAUCAAUGCUGGUCAAGCUAAUGCAGCAACGGGUGAUGCUGGCUACCAGGAUGUGAUAGAAUAUUCAAGUGUGCUUGCAGAGCUACUCAAAUUGAAGCCAGAGCAAGUGUUGAUUGAAUCCACUGGUGUAAUUGGUCAAAGAAUAAAUAAGGAAGCUCUUAUCAGUUCACUCCCCAAGCUAGUUAAUUUGCGUUCAUCAACUGUUGAGGGGGCGGACUGUGCAGCGGUGGCGAUUACAACCACUGACCUUGUGAGCAAAAGUGUGGCAAUCAAGGCUGAGGUUGGAGGGACUCAGAUAACAGUUGGAGGAAUGGCAAAAGGGUCUGGAAUGAUCCAUCCUGACAUGGCCACCCUGCUUGGCGUUAUAACAACUGAUGCUCUUGUUACCAGCAAUAUUUGGAGAAAAAUGGUGAAAGUCGCUGUUAACCGAAGUUUUAACCAAAUUACUGUAGAUGGAGAUACCAGUACAAAUGAUUCUGUUAUUGCAUUGGCCAGUGGGUUAUCUGGAUCAGUUGAGAUUUCUAAUAUGGACAGUCCUGAGGCAAAGCAGUUGCAGUUGUGCAUUGAUGCAGUAAUGCAGGGUCUUGCAAAAUCAAUUGCUUGGGAUGGAGAAGGAGCAACAUGUCUUAUUGAGGUAAUAGUAGCUGGUGCGGGUAGUGAAGUUGAGGCAGCAAAGGUUGCACGGUCAGUGGCAUCUUCUUCGCUUACCAAGGCUGCAAUAUAUGGCAGGGAUCCGAAUUGGGGACGCAUUGCUUGUGCAGUUGGCUAUGCAGGUAUUCCUUUUGAUGUGAGUGAGCUCCGCAUAUCGCUUGGGGAUAUUCUGCUCAUGGAUAGAGGGCAACCACUUCCAUUUGACAGGGAUGCCGCUAGCAAGUAUCUUAGUCAGGCUGGCGAGACUCAUGGUACAGUUAAAAUUCAAGUAACCGUUGGUGAUGGGCCAGGAAGUGGACUAGCAUGGGGCUGUGAUUUAAGUUAUGACUAUGUGAAAAUCAAUGCAGACUACACGUCGUAGGCUGCGGAGUAGUUGAAGCCGUGAAGAGCAAUGAAAAUUCGCAGCAUUAUCUCGUUGCCACUUCUUGUUUACGUCCCCACUGAAUACAAGUUUGUCAACCAUUAAUAAAGUUAACCUAGACCUAUACCGACCCAAAAUGAUGGUUCAUGGUUUCUUUAGUCUUCUCUUUUAGGAUUACCUGCAUUCUCAAAGUUGUAUGCAUCAGUAUCCGAGGGAAGCAAAUUGAUUGAUCCAUUGAUUAUUUAUCCAUUUGGAUAUUC